CGAACAUCCUCGACCCGACGGCAAACGCCAUCAUAGAAAAGGCCCGCACAGGGCGUCCGGAGCGUGCCUUUCGCCCGCUGCUGCCCCACACAUGUGCCAUACGCCCUUGUGGCGCACUCUUGUCUUGCUAUCUCUCCUUACGCUCUCGUCGGCCACCACACUCGUUCAGCUCAACUCUGGCCUCAAGACCGCCGCCGUCUCCUUCGCCAGGAGGAACUCGUCCGCGAUCCGCGCGCUCCACGGAGAUGCCGUCGGCGGGACGGUGGGCUUGGGCGACGUCAGCGACCUCACGUACCUCGUUGCGGCGACGGUGGGCAAUUCGACCGUCUCUCUGAACAUCGACACCGGGUCCACCGACCUCUGGGUCGUCUCGAGCGCAUGCCAGACGCAGACGUGCCAAUCCUUCGCCGGAGAGCCCUAUGCACUCACGCAAGCAUUCCAGCAGAGUCAGCAGGGUUCUGUUGACCUCCUCUUUGGAGACUCGACGACCGGGACUCAUGCGGCGGGACCGCUUGGGCGCGAUGUCGUGGUCCUGGCUGGAUUGACGGCGACGAACCAAACGCUCGCUGCGAUCAACGACACGGACAAUUCUGCGGUGGCGAACGGCGGUGCGGGGAUCCUCGGUCUCGGAUUUCCUUCGCAAAGCUUCAUAGGGGAGAGUAUUGUGGCCUCGGUAUUCAAGGAUAUACGCGGGUCGGAUACAUUCGUCGAGCAAUGGGUCAAUUACGGUCCGAUCAUCCCUCGAUUGAUACUAGCUGGGGUCCUUGACCAACCGCUCUUCACGAUCACGCUUCAGCGCGAUGAGCUCGACGUCUCGGGCACCGGACAGUUAACUAUUGGACAGCUGCCGUCUGGUAUUGACAACUCCAGUUUGACUUGGGUGCCUGUACGUCUCUACUCGGAAUCGGAGGGAGGGAUGACUCCACCCUCGUUCGCCUCGAACGAGGUCUAUCCUUUACGAUGGGAAAUACCGCUCGAUGGCGUCUUCCUCGACGGCGUGAAGCUGGCCGACAGCGCUCAAAACGCGAGCGGCAUCAGCAAGCCCAGCCUCUCCGCUCUGAUCGACACCGGCAACUCCCUCAUCCGCGGCCCCGCGGACGUCGUCAGCGCCAUUCUCGCCAACGUCUCCUCCACAUUCGCCGCGAACGCGUCCAACGCGCCCCUGCUCCCCUGCGUGCCCGGCCACAACCUCACCUUCCAAAUCGGCGGAAAACUCUUUCCCGUCGACCCGCGCGACUUCGUCUCGCAGAACAGCCCCGGGGACGCGGCGACGUGCGUCGCGAACGCGGUCGUGGGCACGGACCCGCCGAGCUCGGGGGCGCUGUUCAGCUGGAGCCUGGGCGAUCCGUUCCUAAAGAGCAACCUCGUCGCGUUCUACUACGGGAACCUGACGAACCCGUCCGCGGACCCGCCGCGGAUCGGGUUGCUCUCGCUCGUGCCGAGCGACGCGGAGGAGGAGCUGGAGCAGGCGGUGAACGAGGCGCAGGAGAAUGGCGGGGUGUUUGAGACGACGAGCCAGGCCGCGCCGACGGACAGCCGGGUCAUCGUCGGCACCGCGUCCAAGACGCACACUCCCGGUCUCAACGGCCUCCCCGGCUCCCUCAGCACCGCCACGCCAGACGAGGAGAACGCCGCCUUCGCCGUGCGGGGCCUGGCGGUCGGGGCGGUCAGUCGAGCGUGCGUCCUCGUAGUGCUUUCGUCGUUAUCGCUCUCGCUCGGUGUUCUGUGAUGUGUGUGAUCGUGUGUGCACCUGUUGUCAUCGCUUGUCGUCAUCCACUGUAUACCUACGCAAUGCAUUUGGUCUCCUCUGAGCCUGCGCGGUGUCUGCUACGCACGAGAUCGGAGCAUGGCGGGCAUGCUAGGAAGAGCACUUGCAGUCAUUCUCAACAUUUAUCUAACCUGGCCUUGCUUGCGAUGUUGAUGGUCUCUCUAAAGUAGUCGAUGAACCUGUUGAAGGGUUCACUUUCCCCACACGAGCAAUCGAGGAUAAAUCGGAAGCUUCUGGCUUUGAGAAGUGGCCGCAUUGAGACCUUCACACCAAGCAGUAUAUUUCCC